GAAGCGCGGGAGCGCGCCGGAGUGGACGCGCGAGACCCGGGUUGGUUGUGCGAGCUCAGGAGGCGAGCGCGCGCGCGGUGCUCGGGCCUCGGCCAUGGCUCACAGGCCGAAGAGGACUUUCCGGCAGCGCCGAGCCGACUCCAGCGACAGCGAGGGUGCCGGGGAGCCGUCUGCUGAGUCCGGGGCGCCGAGGGAGCAGGCGGCCUCGGGCUCUGCGGAGGAAGGGCCGCCUUGUGGGGGAGGCCACGCAGAAGUAACGAAACGGCCUCACCGGGGCCGGGGGCCUCGGAGUCGGGGCCGGGUCUGGGCGAGUUCCCGGCGCGCCGCGGGAGUGGCUCCCCGCACGGACAGCGGCUUGAGCAUCCAAGAUUCCAGAACAGUUGAUAUUCCAACAGAUGAAGAGGAUGGAGCACAUCACUCCUCAGAAAGUAAGGAUGAUCAGAGUUCAUCUUCUGAUAGCUCUAACUCUCUGGAAGAAAAGGAAUUUUCAUCAAUAGUUAAGAUCCCUGAUGCAGCUUUUAUUCAGGCAGCCCGCAGAAAACGGGAAUUGGCCAGGGCCCAAGAUGACUAUAUUCCUUUGGAUGUGAAACAUACCUCUGGUGUGAAGAGAAACAGUGAUGAAGAUCCUGAGAGUGAGCCUGAUGACCAUGAAAAGAGAAUACCAUUUACCCGAAAGCCUCAAGCACUUAAACAAAGAAUGGCUGAAGAAACAACAAGCAGACAUGAAGAUGUAGGUGAAGAAAGUCAGGAAGAUGAAAAUCAAGAUAUUUGGGAACAGCAACAGAUGAAGAAAGCACUGAAAAUCAUAGAGGGAAGAGAUGUAGAUGUUCCCCACAGCAGUGAAUCUCAAACUGUGAGGAAGUUUGAUACUUCUAUUUCAUUUCCACCAGUAAAUUUAGAAAUUAUAAAGAAGCAAUUAAAUACUAGAUUAAAAUUAAUACAGGAUACUCACCGCUCACACUUGAGAGAAUAUGAAAAAUAUAUGCAAGAUGUCAAGAGCUCAAAGAGUACGAUCCAGAACCUAGAGAGUUCUUCAAAUCAAGCUCUAAAUUAUAAAUUUUAUAAAAGCAUGAAAGUGUAUGUGGAAAAUUUAAUUGACUGUCUUAAUGAAAAGAUGAUCAGCAUCCAAGAAAUAGAAUCUUCUAUGCAUGCACUCCUUUUAAAACAAGCCAUGACCUUUUUGAAACGCAGGCAAGAUGAAUUAAAACAUGAAUCAGCCUAUUUACAGCAGUUAUCAUGCAGAGAUGAGACAUCAACAAAUGGAAGCUUGGCUACAGAUGAAAAAACUCAAUGGAUUUUAGAAAAGAUUAAAUCUCGAAGGACACAAAGAAGACAAGCAAGGGUGCUUUCUGGGAAUUGUAACCAUCAGGAAGGGACGUCUAGUGAUGAUGAACUGUCUUCAGCAGAGGUGAUUGACUUCCAAAAAAGCCAAGGUGACAUUUUACAGGAUCAUAAGAAAGUUUUUGAAGAUGUGCAUGAUGAUUUUUGCAGCAUUCAGAAUAUUUUGUUGAAAUUUCAGCAAUGGCGAGAAAAGUUUCCUGACUCCUAUUACGAAGCUUUUAUUAGUUUAUGCAUACCAAAGCUUUUAAAUCCCCUAAUACGAGUUCAGUUGAUUGAUUGGAAUCCUCUUAAGUUGGAUUCCAUAGGUUUAAAACAGAUGCCGUGGUUCACAUGCAUAGAAGAAUUUGUGGAUCACAGUGUAGAAGAUUCGAAGAGAGAAGACAGUUCGGAUAAAAAAAUCUUGUCUGCUGUCAUCAACAAAACAAUUAUUCCCCGACUUACAGACUUUGUAGCAUUCAUUUGGGAUCCCUUGUCGACCUCACAGACAACAAGUUUAAUAAUGCACUGCAGAGUGAUUUUUGAAGAACAUUCUACAUGUGAAAAUGAAGUUAGUAAAAGCAAACAGGAUUUACUUAAAUCCAUUGUUUCAAGAAUGAAGAAGGCGGUAGAAGAUGAUGUUUUUAUUCCUCUGUAUCCAAAGAGUGCUGUAGAAAACAAAACAUCACCACAUUCAAAAUUCCAAGAAAGACAGUUCUGGUCAGGUCUAAAGCUCUUCCGCAAUAUUCUUCUUUGGAAUGGACUUCUCCCAGAUGAUGACUUGCAAGAGCUAGGACUAGGGAAGCUACUAAAUCGCUACCUUAUUAUAGCUCUUCUUAAUGCUAUACCUGGGCCAGAUGUUGUUAGAAAGUGCAAUCAGGUAGCAGCAUGUCUGCCAGAAAAAUGGUUCAAAAAUUCUGCCAUGAGGACAUCUAUUCCCAACCUAGAAAACUUCAUUCAGUUUUUAUUGCAGCUUGCACAUAAGUUAUCUAAAAGUGAAUUCAGGGAUGAAGUCAAAGAAAUAAUUCUUAUUCUGGUGAAAAUAAAAGCUUUGAAUCAAGCAGACUCCUUCAUAGAAGAAUAUCACCUAGACCAUCUUAAAUCACUAAUUAAAGGAGUUUUUGAGUAAACUUUAUAGGAAAGUACUAAAAUGAGAUUUUAAUACACUCACUCAGUUCCUUUGCUUGAAAAAAAGCUGGUGCCUCUCUUUUGUUCUCUGCAAUGGAGAGUAGGAUUUACAAAAAAGCAGAGACUCCAUUCCUCCAUUCCCUCCACCUCUACCUUCUGGUAUCAUGAAAGGCUGCCCUUCCUGUUCUGUGGUGUUUGAAGGAAUUAAAUCAAUAUGUUUCCCUUUGAUUCUUUUGACUUAUUUUUCAAUGUAAGAGGGGACUCCUUGCUUAGAGGGCUUUGGCUUAGGUGAGUAUGCUAAUAAGUCUUCUGUUCUGAACCAUAAAAACAUCAUUUAGUUCUUUUUAUUUUAACUACCUCUGUUUAUAAAUAAGUUAAUAUGCCCCAUACCAGCCAGCUGCCAAAAACAAACAUGUCAAAUAAAUAAAUAUGGAAAUUCAUUGGAAUGAAUUAUUUAAGUAUCAGAUGAUUAACGCAUUUUAAGUUGUUUGGCAACUAAGGAUUGUCAAAUUGUCCAUCAGGAAUCUAUACCAAUUUAUUGUACUGAUACAAGUAAAAAAGAGUGCCAAUGAAUCCCCACCAACAAUGGUAUUAUUAUUUUAAUUCAUUGCAAAUUGGAUAGGUGAAAAGAAUCUCAUUAUAAUUGCUUAUUUUGUUUUGGGUAUUAGAGAGUGAACAUGUUGAU